AUGAACUCGCUUGAAAAUCACCUCAUCCAAAGUCUUGAUGAUAUAUUUCCUUUUUGGUUUCAAAUUCUAUUUAUUUUUAUAUUUCAUUUCAAGUAUUCGUGUACCAAUUAUAUGCGUAUGUGUUUGAAACUAAUCUGAUAAAAGAUAAAGAAACUUUUAUGUUUCCAUUCAACAAUUGUUUUUAUAAAAUUAUGAAGGCGUUGAACAGGGUAUUGAUAUGCAUUAAUGUGCUUUUAAUUGGUUUACAAUUCAUUAAUUCAGAAAACUCCUUCAUACAACUUCUCAUUAUGGUCUUAAAUUUGAUCUUAGUUUUGGGCUUGUUCCAAAUGCUCAUCCUCACUCAAGUGUGCAACUUUCUAAUGUCCCUGUUGGCCAUCCAAAAGUUCUGUCUAUAUUUCUACCCAUCUACCAAACCUCGUAUCAAUAGUUUAAUGAAGCAGGUGAAUAAAAUAGCAUUGCUAUCAAUUUUUCUAUUCUUCAUCGAGAAAGUAGCAUAUACGCUAGUGUACUCUCUAUUAACGCCUGGCAUUAUUUCAAAACCUCAAAUGCAAUUUCUGUUAGCGAUGACAACAUUUGUGCCAAUUUGGUUUCUAAUUGCAAUAUCCAUUUUGUACAUUCCCAUAAUGAUAAGUGUUAAAAAAAAUCACAUCUGCCGUCUGCUCAACGUUAUUCUCCUGAGAAGUACAUCUUAGCGCAAACCUUGAUAGUGAUGCUUUUUAAGCCGGUUUACUUUGAAGUUUUCAUUGAAUAUUUUCUAAAUCCAAAUUUUUCGCUCUUUCGAGCUUCAGGCACGCCAAAAUUUAUCGACAUAGUUUCCACUCCAAUAAUUAUUCAAUUGUCGUAUAUAUUUAGCAACAAACGGAAUGUGAAUACUCUCUGCUCUUCCUUCAAGUUUAUCAAGUUGAUGAAAUAUGUGUACAACGGGAGAACAAAUUCAGUGGCUCCAAAUCAGCCAGUUUAUUCAAUUACAGAACCGCCACAGAAUUUAAACAAUCGAUAA